CGGGGAGGCGGGGCGUGGGCAGGCCGCGGCUUUGUGCCCGAUGGAGUUCCCGGAGCACAGCCGGCAGCUGCUGCGGGGGCUGCGGGAGCAGCGCUCCCGGGGGAUCCUGUGCGACUGCACGGUGCUGGUGGGCACCGCGCCGUUCCCCGCGCACCGCGCCGUGCUGGCCGCCUGCAGCUCCUUCUUCCACCUGUGCUACGCCGAGCCGGGCGGCGCCGGCGGGGCGAGGGGCGCCGUGGUGGCCUUGAACAGCGACAUCGUCACGGCUCCGGCCUUCGCGCUGCUGCUCGAGUUCAUGUACGAGGGGCGGCUGGCGCUGGCGGCGCCGCUGGAGGACGUGCUGGCCGCCGCCAGCUACCUGCACAUGAACGACGUGGUCAAGCUGUGCAAGAAGAAGCUGCAGGCGAGGGGCCCGGCCGAGGCCGACAGCACCAAGCGGGAGGAAGAGGAGGAGGAGGAGGACGCCCCCAGCCCGCCCCCGCCGCAGCCCCCGCCCCACGGCCAAGGUCAGGACACCCGCCCGGGGUGCGGGGGAACGGCGGGUGACGGCCACCCCCCCGGCACCCACCGGGCAGCGGGGAAGCCCCUUCUCCUCAUUUCCCUCGGGGGUGCAGCGGGGCCACGUCCCCCCCGAUCCGCUCCCUGGGCGGGGGGGCUGCAGGUGCCAAGGGACCCCCCGCACCCGCGCGGGUGGCGAGGAAGGGGCUCCCCGGAGGGUCCCCCCUCCCCCCGGCGGUGGCAGCAUCCUCCUCAUCGUCCUCCUCCCCUCCGCGGUGCCCGGAGCGCGAUC